GACUAUGGGCAGAUAUCGGAUCCAAAAUCCGUCGUUCCUAGAAGUGCUUGCCAGUUGUCUAUCGAUAGCCAGGUUUGCUUCAAUUCCGGCUUCUUCCCAACCUUGUGGAUCGCUGCAGAUGACAUUCCUGACUGCAUCGGCAUCAUAGACUGCUGCCAGGUGUCCAUCUGGUCUGAACCUAACCAAGAAAUAGUUGGAUCCGUCAAUGUACUGAUAGUGUCGAGGUGGGUACCGGUAUGGAAUGUUCUCGAUGGCAUCGUUGCUGGCUCUGAGGUAGUUGUUGUAAUGGUGGAUGAUAAGUGGUUGGUCGGGGAUCCCCGUGAUAUCGAUGAACAUGUUGGUCCCAUA